CGCCUUGUUAAUUACGAAGUUGGAAAUGAUUCGUGUUCUAUUUAUUAUUGUGUUUUGUUUUACACUAGUCUACAGUCAAACAGUGAACAACGUUCGUCUAAUCGAGCCCAUACCGUACAUGAUCAAUGUGAUCUCAGAGACUGUGCAACGGCUAGAAGAUGCUGAGUGGUGCAGCUUGAAAAUACCCGAUGUCACUGUUGAUUUGAACGAAGUAAUAUUUGGUGAGUCUGUGAAGGGUACAGUCGCGUACAGAAACGGUUUUGUAGCGGCGAUACAACACGUUAACAUCCUGGAACAUAGUCUCGGUCAAGUAUGGAGGUUCGAUAGAUUUCAAAAUACUACUACAGUUGAGGUCACCGGUACUUUAAGGUUUGCUGACGUCACUGUAGGCUUCGAUGUGGAAACGAGGAUAGAAGGAACUAUCAAAUUGUACACUGCGGAACUACUUGUGCCGUUAGUACCAUUCGAUAUGCGGGUUAUAAGGGACAUGUUCACUGAAAAUGUUAACGUGACCGUUGUACCUCUCGCCAUUACCAGAAAUAGAGUCAAAAUGGACUUUAUGCCGGUAGAUGACCUCACUGAUGUCUUAUCUAAUUUGUUCAAUUUCACCUCUAUAUCUGAAGCUGCGAACGUAUGGGCUUCUGACUUCUUGAGACCGUUCGCCCUCAACGCCGUCGAAAACGUAGUCGAUUAUCCUGAGAUUUGUUAUGACUGUCCAGUUGUGUAA